GCGGGGCACGCCACCUGGGGCUCCGGUGCGGGGCACGCCACCUGGGGCUCCGGUGCGGGGCACGCCACCUGGGGCUCCGGUGCGGGGCACGCCACAGUGCAUUCAGAUAUUUGUGGUGUUUCUCUGCUCAUGUUUCAGCCAUCAUGACAAUUCACAAACUCGGCUGGUUCCAUUAGGGUCUGGGUGCUGUCCUGAAAUAAGACUAAUUUGCCUCGAUUUCAGUUGACCAAAAACCAAAUGGCUCCCAGAGUUGGGCAAACAUUUGCAUGUCUGAGUCUGUGUUGACGUGUGGUUCAUGUUUCUGCUGUUCAUGGGAAGUUGAUGCAUGGGACUGAGAUGUGGCCUUGACACCACCUACAGACUGUCAACUGCUCAUUUUGUGCAGUGUUUGUGUUUUCAAUUCUGGUGCAAACUUUUUAAAUAAUUGUAAAUAAGUGUCAAUCUGUUACAAUGAUAGUGUUGGAAUGUGUUUUUACUGUUUGAAAGAUGCUCUAUUUAUAUACAUUAAUGGGAACAGUCUGUCUUGACUCUGGUUGCUAUACAUUCCAAUAUGUAUUGCCACAACAUGAGAUUUCAAUAAAAGUAUUUUAUGUCAAAUGCGAUUUAUUUUGUUUUGUUUACUUAGGUCUGUGAUGUGGACCCAGGUUUGGCUGUGGGAAGAAUUGCUAAACCUGGUAGGACCUACUGAUGACAGGGAUCCAUAUGAGAAACAGCUUGUGUAUUUGACUAGUUGAGAUGCCUUAUUUACCAUGUUUAGCUGUCAGCACUUAAUGAUAAGGGACUUUGUGCAAAUGUCUACUAAUUCCAUCUCUGAAAAGCAGCUGCCAGUAUGGAAUCUAUUGCAGCUGCUGAGCCACCUUGGUAUAGGACAGCUUUCUUCAUGGGCUUUGCCCUGGAGUUGGGUAAUGGUUGUGACUCUGUUUACCGCACUGCUACCUUCAAGGUUGAGUUCAAAUCUCACUCCAGAAUCGUGGCAAAGUGUGAAAUCUUUUCAUUCUUUUGUGGGGUGUGCCCAUCCCUAAUUGCCCUUCAACUGCUUGGCUUGUUGAGCCAUUGCAGAGUCACCUGUAUUGCAGUGGGUCUGAAGUUACAGAUGCCAGGCUGGGUAAGGACAGCAAUUUCCUUCCCUAAAGGAUGUUAAUGAAGCAGAUGGGCUUUCAUGGUGAUUGUUCUGUGGUUGCUGUCAGAGUCUUGCAUUAUAUUCCUGGUUUAUUAGUUGAAGUCAAUUGCCAACUUCUGAUAAUGGGAUUUGCACACAGUGCCCCCCCCCAUUACUAAUCCAGUUACAUUAAUGCUCCCUCCCAUGUAUUGCAGGAGGACAUGUGUUCCAUCAUGCCUGUGCUGAGGUCUUGAAGAAUGGUCCCCACUCCUACAUUUCCUUCACAGCCCUGAUGCCUUCAGUAAAAGGCUGUGCAAGUGCUGCUUACUAUAGCAUCUUGUGAAGUGCUGUCACAGGAGCCUCUUUGAAGGAAAGUAGAUUUUAGUUUCUGUGUGAACCAUCAGAUCUAUUCCCAGAAAUGCAACCUGCAAGGCCCUGUCAGCUCCCUGUAAACCUGGGCCGAAGGAUAUCUGAGCCUGGAGCCCCUAUACCAGGUUUGAAGCCAAAUAUUUCCUCAUUGACACCUCCCCACUGCAGUGAGCUACAGCAGGAGAUCAUGGCAGAGGAGUUACUGAAAUUGAUGAACUUUGCAGCAUCAAAGAUUCAGGCCCUCUGGCGAGGUUACUGCACCCGGAAACAACUCUGCAUAGAGCAGGGUGCAGCUAUCCUCCUGCAAUCUUUUUGGAGAGGUUACCAAGUCCGGAAGAUUCUCCUGGAACCGGUUAGCAGACCUCUCCCCAUCCAUGUGAAACAGCCAGUCUCCUGGGUGCAAUGCCAAGAGCAGCAGCGGCUGCUAGAAGCUGGGCAGAUUCACAUCCAGAGUCGGCAUUACUGGCAGCCAAAACCUGUCCAACUGCACAUAAAGCAAAGCCCCAGGUGUGCUAGCACUUUACAGCGAAAGAUCUAUGCUGCCACCACUAUCCAGGCGUACUGGAGAGGCUAUUUGGCACGGAGGGACCUAGCUAUUAAAAUCGGAGCCGCCAUCUACAUCCAAUCCUUUUUCAGGGGUUACCUGGCCAGGCGCAAUCUCAAAGCCAACUCCAAACUCAACAUAAUACCCCAGGACGAGGAGGCUGAGAUGGUGGAUUAUAACAUGUCCUACACCCCAGGGUUUACAAAAUCACAAGCUGCCAUUCAGGGCAGCCCCCACCGGAACUCCAGCUCCGUUCUAUCUGCGUCAGGAACAAGGAGGGUGUCAUCAACUGGCAGCAGGUCAACAGAGAAUGCCUCACGCCUGUACUCGGACAGAAAUGACUGUGUAUCGGGGAAGGGUGACACUGUACAAGGGACCAAAACCAGACGUUUCCUGAGUUGGUGCCCAGACUCUGGAGAGGAAAACUGCUUAAGGACAGUGUCGGCCAUUCAGAUGGACCAAGAUCCCAAGAGUAACAUGUUUGUUCCUGGCUGUCUAAUAGAAGGUGCCGGUGAUACCACCUCAAUGAGUGAACACUAUAAUACCAUACAAACCCAAGCAGAGUUUAACAGCCCCAAAGAAAGGAGUUUGAACCAGAUGAAGUCAGAGAAAUGGCAGAAACACCAAAACAUGAUGAACAAGGAGAGAACGUCAAACAUCCUGGGGAUUACAGCAGCAAGGCCCAGGUACAGUUACAAGAGUCGGGAGAAGGUGGAGGGUCAAUGUGAGAUAAACAAGACAGUGUCCCAGUACCUGGUGAAAUGCACUCCCUACACCUCCAACAAAGCUCGCAAGCUCAUCCGUUACACAGAGGAGCUUAGCUCAGAGUCCUCUUCCAGUGACGGAUCCUCCAGCAAGCCUCCUGUCUCCAAGCAGGACUUCAAUCUUUCUGAACUGGAAACAUCCAGACAGACUUCCCCCAGUCCAUCCAAACCCUCAGGGCGGAAGACCCUGAAGCAGGUGAGGGAAGAGAAUGCUGCUGCUGGCACCAUCCAGUCAGUGUGGAAGGGUCAUUGUACCCGCAGGCUCCUCAGGCAACAAGUUGAUGCAGCUACAAAAAUCCAGGCCAUUUUCCGCAGUUACCGAAUCAGGAAAGAGUUUGAAAAUGAAGGGAUUUUCCCCUUGGUUUACACAAAGGAAUCAAACAAGCAUCUGAGCAAAAGCCCAGGGACCAGGCCUGAGACAGGGUCUGAGAAACCUGGAGCGGAGACGACCAAUUCGCCCUCGGCUGAUACUUGGGAUGUGGACGCUGGGUCAGAACUCAUUGACAGUAAAUCCGAAAUGUUCCGUCAGCCUUCUCAAAGACGGGAGACAGGCAGAAGGAAGCUACCAACCGUCAGCCUUAUCUCUCCUCCCUGUGUCCCAGAAACAGGAGUAACCCCUGGCAGAGAGGGUGGGAAACCCAGCCGCUCUCUGCAAAGGCCCAUCCAAACCAGGAAGCAGCUCCAGGACGAAGUUAAAGCUGCCUGCACCAUCCAGGCAGUUUGGAGAGGAUACCAGACCCGGUGUGAAAUUCAAAAGCAGAGAGAAGCAGCAGUGAAAAUUCAGGCUCAAUUCCGGGGAUUCCAGCUCAGGAGGUUACUGAGCUGCAUCGGGAGACAAGAGGAGGAUGAGGAUCAGAAUGGGAGCACAGAAGGUGCCAGCUGGGAACCCCCUGGGGAUAGCCCAGACUAUUUAUAUUUAAUGGCAGAAGCUGUGAGUGGACCUGAUGCCAGGGAGUCACCCAGCAACAGAGUGCUGAGAUCCCCACUGGAAUUGUGCUGCCAACAUAGCCCAGCUUGGAGAGGCCAGGCCAAACCAGAUGGAGCGGGCAUUUUUGUCAAGCGUAAUCCUUGCUAUAACCCCCGAAAGGUGACCAUACAUGUGAAGGCAGCAGGAGGAGACAUGAGCUGAACUGACUAUCCAUCCCCAGCACUGUCCAAUUGCAAAGUCAACAAUGAAUGUGUAUUAACAGCUAGAGAUAAAAACAGGGAGAUGGGUGCCUGUUCCUUUAAUAAAAUGAAAGUCUUAAAAAUG